AUGGAGAAUGCGACAGAAGCGGUGACAGAAGCGGUGACGGUUGUUCAACAACGUCAAGUAGAGGGACAAGGGCAGCCACAAAACCCACCACCACUCUUACGGCGUCGUUUUGUAUUAUCUCUUUACAUUGGAUAUUUUCUUGCAAGAUGGAGUACCAGAACUUGGGAGUUCUCAGUUGCUUUGUAUAUGAUCCACUUGUGGCCAAACUCUCUGCUUCUUGCAGCCAUAUAUGGUGCGAUAGAGUCUGGUUCUACUGCUAUUUUUGGCCCCACUGUGGGGCAAUGGAUAGAUGGAAUGGACUACGUUAAAGUCCUAAGACGCUGGCUCUUUUGUCAGAACCUCUCCUACACCGUUGCUGGUGGUGCAGUCAUCAAGUUGCUGCUACUUUCUGAUCUCAAGUCCCGGAACAUCCCGGUCUUUGCAACCUUGGUUGUGUUGACAAAUGUUGCUGGCGCCAUUGGUGUGCUUUCCACUCUUGGUGGCACCAUUCUGAUCGAACGAGACUGGGCUGUGGUUAUGUCGGAAGGUUAUCCACCAGCGGUACUGACAAGAAUAAACUCUGUCAUUAGAGGCAUUGAUUUAAGCUCAAAGCUACUCUCUCCAGUCAUCACCGGUCUCAUCAUUAGCUUUGUCUCCCUGAAGGCGUCAGCCAUCACUUUUGCAUUUUGGGCCACUAUAACCGCUUGGGUUGAAUAUUGGCUCUUCAUAUCCGUAUAUAAUGGUGUUCCAGCGAUAGCUCAAAGCAAUGAAAGACGGAUCUUGCGUUCCAUGACAACGCCAGUAGAAGGAUUAGAUGCACAUGUUUCUGUUUCUAUUGUUCCGGAGGGUUCUCAAGGAAACCCACCGCGUAAAACCGGAAUGCUGAAGCUUCUUGAUAGAGUAUCCAAGUCAUCUUUGGUUUGCGCGUGGAGAGUUUAUAUCAAUCAAGAAGUUGUACUCCCAGGGGUUUCACUAGCUCUCUUGUUCUUCACCGUCCUCACCUUUGGAACGUUGAUGACGGCUACAUUGCAAUGGCAAGGGAUACCUACAUAUAUCAUCGGUAUAGGCAGAGGAAUAAGUGCCACGGUUGGACUAGCGGCUACAUUCGUCUAUCCUCUAAUGCAAAGCCGUAUCUCAACGCUGAGAACCGGCCUCUGGUCAUUCUGGUCUCAGUGGAGCUGCCUUUUGGUAUGUGUUGGAUCGAUUUGGGUUAAAAAAGAUAACAUAGCAUCGUACAUGCUAAUGAGUGGAGUUGCUGCUUCAAGGCUUGGCUUGUGGAUGUUUGAUCUUGCCAUUAUCCAGCAAAUGCAGGAACAAGUUUCAGAAUCCGACCGUUGCGUGGUUGGAGGAGUUCAAAACUCGUUGCAGUCGGCUCUUGACUUGAUGGCAUAUCUAUUGGGUAUCGUUGUAUCCAAUCCAAAGGAUUUCUGGAUAUUGACCAUCAUCUCAUUUUCUUCGGUUACGUUAGCAGGAUUACUCUAUACAGUUCAUCUCUACCGAAUCCGAAACCAUAUAUUUCAUUUUGAGAAGAUUCAUUCGUUGAGCAAAUGGUUAUUCAAGUUUAUAGUCCCUUCUCGUGGAAAAACAUGAACAUAUAAUAUCGUGGAAUGCGUCAUACCAUUUCUAAAGACAAUGGUAAUCAAUAUCC